AUGACAAGUGGAACAUCUCCACCAGUCGUAACACCAUCACCACCACGUUACGUGAUAUCCACCAAGACGAAACAAGUAUUAGAUUGGAAUGAAACGAUGAAAAGCGAAUGUGCCACAACAAUUCCGAAAGAAUAUUGCACAAGAACAUUCGCAACACUCUUUCCAACUAAUAUGAUUGACAACAACAACAACAACUCGACCACACAAUCACAACAACAACAAUGGAACAAAACAACUCCUCUUUUCAUGACAUGUGGUGAUCUUUUGGAUAUUCCAAAUGAUGAUGAUGAUGAUAACCAUAAGGAUGAGAAUUUCUCAAAACAAACAACAUUACCACCACUCUUUUGUUGUAAUUAUGUGAUUGGUCUCAAUGAACCUUUUAUUCGAAUCGAUCGUUCAUUGACUCGAGUCUCUAACGAGGAACGUGAAAUAUCAAGAAUGGAAUUUCUGUCAAAUGCAUAUGAUUCAUUUGAAAAUCAUCAUAGUUAUUCCAUGAUUGAAAAUAACAUGUCAAUGAUUGAUUGGUUUCUUGUGAAUACCACACGAAUUGAAUCAGGUCAUUCUUUACUUGUACAAUGUGAUCUAGGUGGUGGUAUUACAGGUGGUGGUAUUACUGGUGGUGGUUAUGGUUAUGGUACUACUGGUGGUCGUGAAGAUGAUCAAUCAAGAUCUUCUUUGACAUCUUCACCACAUCAUCAUCAUUUAGAAUAUGUGGAAUGUGCUGGAGAAAUUCGAUUAAGACCUGUCAAGAACAACAACUACUAUUGUACUGUGGAACAAUGUCAUGACUUGUUGCAACACGAGUGUUCUAUCGCUGAAUCAUUCUUGUUUUUUGAAAUUGUUUCUAUUAAUUUACAAACAUCAUUCUUUGCCUUUCCAGAUGUAAAAGUAUUAGAAAAUUGGAAGAGAUUUGGAAUUGAUGGAUUUUCAUUGUAUCGACCCAAUCCAUGGGAAAUGAAGGGAAGAAUGGAACGAUAUAAAUAUAUUGGUGAAUGUGACAAACAAUGA